AUGGAAUUGAGUGAAGUUUACGACGCCUUCACAACGAUCAAGACACCGUUGGUUAGUUCGCGGCGGGCGUCAGUACACGACGAGUUGAAGGAGAAUAUCGACCGAGUCAUGGAAAAGAAAGACUUUUGGGGGUUCUUCAAGCAGUUGUUUGCACCCAAAGAAGUGGUAUUUGUGGUGCGGUCGGUGGAGAAGGACCAACACGAGCAACCCGUGGGCGACCGCCGAUUGGUCAAGGAAGCCACCAAGGCAUAG